GACUGCCAGAGACACCGAGAGGGACGUGUGAGAGACUCGGAGACCUUCAGUCACUCACAGACAGAGGCGGGGGUCGGACAGCUGAAGAACUGCUGCUGCUGCUUCACCCAAGUGCUGACACUCACACAGGAGAGACACACAGAGACACAGAGAGACACAGAGAGACAGACAGAGACUCACAGGCAACAUGAACCCGAGCUGCGCCAGGUGCGGCAAGAUCGUGUAUCCUACUGAGAAAGUCAACUGUCUGGACAAGUUCUGGCACAAAGCAUGCUUCCACUGUGAGAUCUGCAAGAUGACUCUGAACAUGAAGAACUACAAGGGAUAUGACAAAAAACCAUACUGCAAUGCUCAUUACCCCAAGCAGUCUUUCACCACGGUGGCCGAUACCCCAGAAAACCUUCGCCUGAGACAGCAAAGUGAGCUACAGAGCCAGGUCCGUUACAAGGAAGACUUUGAAAAGAAUAAGGGCAAGGGAUUCAGUGUAGUGGCUGACACCCCUGAACUGCAGAGGAUUAAGAAAACCCAGGAUCAGAUCAGCAAUAUUAAAUAUCAUGAAGAAUUCGAUAAGGGCCGGAUGGGGAACCCAUUGGUGGACGGUGAUGAUUUUGACCGUCGAGGAUCCGAUGAUGUUGCUAAUUACCGUAGAUCUUCACAGAGUUCACAGCAGCACCAACCCCCAGCCAGCAGCUCAGCCUAUCCACAGCAUCCACCGCAACCAAAGUAUGGCUACCAAGAACCCGCUGCUCCAGUGUCAUCCCAACGCGGCCCCCCAGCAGGAGGGAAGCGAUACAGAGCUGUGUACGACUACAAUGCAGCCGAUGAAGAUGAGGUGUCUUUCCAAGACGGCGACACCAUCGUAAAUGUUCAGCAGAUUGACGACGGCUGGAUGUACGGGACCGUGGAACGCACGGGGGACACGGGCAUGCUUCCUGCAAAUUACGUGGAAGCCAUCUGACCUGGAGAGCCGGUCUCAUCUCCUUCUCUCUCCCAAAAUCAUGAAGCAUUCCAGUGCAGCCCUCUCCUGCGUAUUUUGGGACGGAUGGGCUCCAUCUCUGUAUUUCGGCAAUCUCCUCAUCCUCUCUGCUGCCCCAUUGGCUGUAGAGCGGCUAAUUACCUCUUGCUUCAAUCUAUUUUCCGAAGGGAUCGAGUUGGGAAAUAUCUCUGUUCCCACAAGCAGUUUCCCCACUCCUGUAAUGUCCGAUUGACAUUUCUCCCUAUGCGCUUUGCACUGACAUUGGCAUAUUAUAUAUAAUACAUUGAAAUAACAUUUAUUAUAUAUAAUGAAACUAAAUCAUCAUAAAGUGGAGGCAAAGGGAACCAAAUAAUCCUGGAUGUGUCAAUCUCUCUCCAUCCUUUCAAGCCAGAAUUGCACAACGUAUAUUCAGGCAGCAGCUUCAUUUAAAGGUAUCGCUGCCCAAUCUGCUCAUCCUAAAUACUCUUUCUACAUAUUUUUAUUCUUCUUUUUCAAUCCCCCCCACCCCUCCCACUUUAUCCGGGUAAAUAACACUUAGUUCUAUUUACUAUCAGAAGAUUUAGGAAUUUUAGUAUUCAGAAAAGCUGUGAUGACCUUGCUGUGACUGUGUGUGGCCCUUGUUACUGUAACCGGGGCCACACUCUACAGCACAGUCCAGCUCCAGAGUCAUAGAAGCAGGACGGUAUUGUGACAAUCCCUCGGCAGAAAUGAAUGACUAAGGGAACCAUGCGUGAUUUAACGGUUUCGAUUAAUUUGAUUAUGAUUAUUAAACGGUUUCCUUUACCAGUGGGGGCCUCGUCGUCCCGCCCUGUGUCAGUCUCCUAGAUACAGAGUAAUCCUGUCAUGGCAUGUGCCAUCCAAUGACAUUAACAUCUACCCCAAAACAUUAAAAAGAAAACCACAAAACAAAAAAAAAUAUAUAAAUAGGUAGGUAGAUAGAGUAGUUAAUUAGUAAACAACAUACAAAAAAAAAA